AUGACACAAAGAGAUAACCGGAGAGCUGGAGGUGACCACGUUGCGUAUGUUAAAGGGGGUCAUCCAAAGGACACGGAGGAGAAAUGCGUCAACAAAAACAGCGCCAACCACACGCCGGAGAGCAAUGGCGUCCCCCAAGCAGACGACCUCGAUUUCUCUCCAGCCUCGUCAAAUUCGACUACGACGACGCCACCGAAGGCGACCCCACACCAAUCCGGGUCACCAGAAUCCACAUUUUCUGCAGAGCCCCGUCAGUCAAAACCCAUCACACCCAGCAUCAAAGUGGACCUCGACCAGCGUCUGCAGCAACAGCAGCAACAGCAGCAACAGCAGCAACCGUUACCAAGAAUAGACAACUCGAUCCUAGCAUCAUCUUUACAACGACAGGAACAUGAGCAGCAACAGCAGCAGCAGCAGCAACA